AUGGACUUUGUUUACUGCAGUAAAAGGUCUGCAACCAGAGAUAUGAAGCUCCCAGUGCCCCUUAUGAUCCUCUUUUACAGUCUGGUCAACUUGCUCCAAAUUGAUGCAUUAGAGACAUUGAUUGUAUCAGAACUUGUUCGUUUAACAGUUAACACCAUCCAGAAUAUCAAGAUUGCUCCAAGUGUAGUAGGAUUGAACUUUGAUUUUCUGGCACUGAACCUGACUGGUCAUUUGGCAUAUGGGGUGUUUAACAUUGGCCUUUUCUGGAUUCCUUGUGUUAAGCGGGCGUCACAGAGGGUGUCCAAGAUUGCUUCUGGAUUUCUUGUAGUUGCUUGGCUACCUGCUGUGAUUUCUCUCAUCCUGGCUGUAAGUGGUCAAAUAACGUGGCUGCAACUUGUCUACUAUUUCUCCUACAUCAAGCUGGGCAUCGUCAUCAUUAAGUAUAUUCCUCAGGUUUACAUGAACUAUCAAAGGAAGAGCACAGUUGGUUGGUGUAUUUGGAACACACUGCUAGACUUGACUGGGGGCGCUUUCAGCAUUCUACAGAUGUUUUUGCAGUCCUACAACAAUGAUGAGUGGAUGCUGAUCUUUGGAGAUCCAACAAAGUUUGGUCUUGGACUGGUAUCCAUCUUGUUUGAUGUUAUUUUCAUGGUUCAGUAUUAUUUUCUGUACAACAAACCCAAAGUCUACAUGUCACUGAAUGAUUGUAAAUCUGUGCAAUAAUAUAUUUCAAUAACUUGGUUUGUACAAAUACACUGGACAGUAAUGAUCUGUAAUAGAACUACACAACUACACAUAUAGGAAAGUUAAUAAUUAUUUAACAAAAUCCUGCUUCUAAGCAUCUUUAAAUUCACCUCCUCCAUGAUCCACAGUUGAGAAAUGUUGUUGAAAUCUGAGGAUCUUACAAUAAGUGAAUUUUCCAAUGGGUGGAUCCUGCAAAAUAUCUAUCAGAUCCAGUUAUAAAUGUUGGUAACUACAGAAGGUGUGGAGGAAUGGAGUGGUAAUUUGUUAUGGGUAACAUUGUUUGGAAUGGUACACCUGUAUUGCACUUGGCUUUUUACAAAUUUUAAUCGUGUUCCCAGUUCUGCUGGGAAUAAACACUUUAAGCUCCAAUGCAAUUCACCAAUUAACGAUUUACUAGUGUCACUCUCAUCUGGAACCCCACACCAUGAAGAGUGCCCCAGAUUAGUUCCCCCACUGUAGCGAUUCCUUUUUGCACUUCCCCAUCUUUGUCUUAUAAUGAUCUGGAUAUUGAGCAUGCAACUGGAAUCUCCAAAUUAGCAAUUAUGUUCUGCCAACUGUCAGACCAUCUUGAUCAAUGAUUGGUGAACUUCUGCGAAUCCAAAUCCAGUUUGUAAUGGACUUUGAUGUUAACUUGUCAACUCUCAUUCUGUAAAUAAUUGGCUUAAGGCUAAGUGUUUUGUAAUUAAACCAAACAUGUUUAGAGACUUCA